AUGGUUGUUCUCCGUAAAGGUGAGGCGGAAGCGCCACUGCAGCCGGUGGCCGCUGUUGGGGAGGCCGAGGAGACGCGCUGGCGCUUCCAUCCGUUCAGCCGGCUGCGGAGCGUGCUCAGAUGUAACAGAAGGCAGCGGCCGCCGCAGAAAGAGGUUUCGUCCCCUCUGCUGAAUGGCACGGCAGUGUCCGUCGCUCCCGGUGAGGCCGCUCCAAGCAGCGCUCCGACCCGGCCGAAGGAAUCUAGCCUUCUCUCCACGCUCCGCGUCCCUGAAGCUCUUGAGCGAGUGGCAGCAGGGAGGCUCGACGGGUGCACGCCGCUUGAGACAAUCUGGCUACAGAGCGUGGCCGACAAGGCAACUGUAGCGCGCCAAAGCGUGAAAGCGCCUCCAGAGGGCGAAGGUUGGCACGGACCACUGGGGAGCAGCGAGGGCGGAUGGAGUUUACAGCUCUGGUACAAGUGGUCUUCCGCGACGGUGAUCUCUACUGUCUCUCGCUUGGCCCUUCCGGGCAGCUUCUGCGAGGUGUUGUCGUUCUUCCGCGAGGCAGAUCUUGCAACCAACUGGUUGCCGUUUGUGAGUGGUGGAGACUGCUCGUUUUCCCGAGAUCUUCCUGCCCUCCUGACCAGCGUGCGAAUCAAGUUGCCCCUGAUCCCGUACUCCCUGCAGACGCUGAUACAUCGGGCUUUCAUCGAUGAUUUCGACGCGGCUUCCUUGCCUGGUGUGUGCAUCGUGGAGUGGAC